ACUUAUUUUUCAUAGGAUCUACAAGAAGAGUUUGAUGCAUUGCUACUGUGUUUGGGAGCGACCUGGCCUCGCGAUCUGCCAAUUGCCAACCGUCAGCUAGAAGGCAUACACUUUGCCAUGGCAUUCCUCGAGACCUGGCAGAAGAAGCAGAUGGGCAACAGUAAUGACCACACUGUCAUCAGUGCCAAGGACAAAGAUGUCAUUGUAAUUGGUGGAGGUGACACAGGCUGUGACUGUAUUGGCACUUCUCUGAGGCAGGGAGCUAAGUCAAUUACAACAUUUGAGAUCCUGCCACAGCCGCCACCUUCCCGUGGACGUGACAAUCCAUGGCCAACGUUUCCCAGGGUAUUCAAGGUGGACUAUGGACAUGAAGAAGUGAAGAUGAAGUUUGGACGUGACCCUAGAGAAUACAGCGUACUUACAAAGGAGUUCCUUGAUGAUGGGACCGGGAAAGUUGCAGGUGUGCGUACUGUGAAGGUAGAAUGGACAAAGGAUGCGAAUGGCAGAUGGAAGAUGGAUGAAGUUGAGGGAUCUGAGAAGAUUUACAAGGCUGACCUGGUACUAUUGGCAAUGGGUUUCUUGGGACCUGAACGUUACAUUAUUAAUGAGCUAGAGAUGGAACAAGAUCCUCGCUCCAACAUUUCUACACCAGAAAACAAAUAUUCUACGAGUGUUGACAAAGUCUUUGCUGCAGGAGACUGUCGACGUGGUCAGUCACUUGUUGUGUGGGCCAUCAAUGAAGGUCGUCAGGCUGCCCGAGAAAUUGAUGCUUACCUCAUGGAAACUUCUUCACUUCCACUAAGUGGUGGAGUUGUUCAGAUCACACAGAAGGGUUAAGUUUUUGGUACACUGAUGGAACUGGCUCUUUCUUGAGCGAGUGAAAUUUACUGUGACAGAAAGGGGGUCCAACUGUUCUUUUGAAUUUGGCACAAGUUACUAUUCCUUGAAACUGUUAAGGAUAGUGUGUAUAAUAUACUGAUCCAUUAUUAGCUGCUGAGCAGUUAUUGAGGGAUAUUUUUAAUAACUUGUAUAUAUGGCACAUGAAAUUUAAUAAAUCGAAAAUAGAGUAUAAUUGAUAUAUGAGAGGCAAAGUAAUAUCACCUCAGGUUAGUGGUGUGAUGCUCAUAACUGAACCCUUGGGUUUGGUGAUGCAGUAUGUGUACGUACUUGUAACUGAACAUGCCAACCCUGGAAAGGGAAGAUCAGUAUUUUCCUUUUAUUAUUGCUGUACAUAGUUUAUAAAAAUUAAUGGUGAAAUGAUGUGUUGUGAGUAACAGGUUGUGUGAUAUACAAAUUUACUUAAACAAAUCAAAAUAUUUGUCGAUACCCUUGUAACGAGCAAAGAAAGUAAUAUACUAAAUUUUUUUCAAGUUAAUUGUCAUGAACUAUUAAGCAUUAAUUUUUUUAAAUGUUGUAAAUAUAAUUGCACGUAUUAAAGUAUUUAAAAAAUGCAAGUAUCUUGCCAUCAAGCGUAUUUUAUCUUGCUAAUAAUAAUUUACAGUAUAUAUUUGUUGGAUUAUAAUUGCUAUUCAUUAGACAGCAUGAAAAGGAGAGGAAGCUUUGUUUGUGAAUAGUCAAGUUAAAUGGAACUUUGUAUAAUUCUAUUAUGAUGUAUU